CAACAACACAAACAAAUUCUUCAAACAUUCUUAAAACUCUCGAACAAAUCGCUACGCUUGUUACUUUAUCACCUACUCUCGGUUCAGUUGGAUCUUGGUUCGCAGAACGACCUCGAGUGUAGUGGAAAAAAUAUUAUUCAUAUAUAGACAUAAUAAUAAUCAACAAGUGGAACAACAACGCUCCAUCAUGACGAUUCCGACGGUUUCCUAUAAGCAGUUUGGUGAUGUUUCUCAACCGGUUGCACCGGUUGGUACCAAGCGCUGGAUUGUCCUGUACAUAAUGAUCACGGCAGUACUGUUAACUACGCUCGCCUGCUGGAACAAUCUAUCGGGUGGGUCGUUGGUGGAAAUAUUCAAAGCUGACGGGGAUGAUGUACCACCGCCCCACACACAGUACGCCAAAAUGGCUCGCUAUCUGGUGCAUAAGGCCGAAUGGGUUUCAAUGGGUUCCCUAUCGACGGUGGAUGCCAUCAAAGGUUUCCCAAUGGUAAACAUAAUUUCCGUUGCCGACAGUGCGCGAGGCGAAAAGUCAACCGGUGUGCUGUACUUCUACCUUACCAUGCUGGACUAUACGGCGCAGGAUCUGCACAAGGAUAACCGACUCACCGUGAUGCUUUCACUGGAUCAGGACAAGUACUGCACGAACAAUGGUAUCGAUCCGAUGGAACCGACCUGUGCGCGAAUCAUGAUAUCGGGCCGGGCAGACAAAAUCGAAAACGGUACGGAUGAGUACGCGUUCGGUUCGCGCGCUAUGUUCAGCCGUCAUCCGGCAGCAGAAAAAUGGAUCAAAACCGAUGGUCAUAACUUUUUCCUCUGCAAGCUGAACAUCACCCAAAUCGCGGUACUUGACUUUUACGGUGGUCCGCACUACGUUACCGUGGAAGAUUACAUGGCAGCGGAUGCUGAUAAGAAGCUCGCAGUCGCUGCUGACGACAACACCAGUAGCAACGGUGAACGUCAAAUUCCGCCCCGUUUUACACCAACGCCCUCAACGCUCUCAACGGUUGAGUAAGAGUGCAGCGCAAUUGCGAAAGGUGUUUUUAAAUGAGGAAUAACGAAUGUAUGAUAAGUCCGUGUGUGAUAAUAGCAAAACGGAAAAUCCUAGAACCGAUAGCGCAAGAAUGAGAGAAUGAGAGGUAAUUGGCAGACAGUCAGCAAAUCCCCAUUAUCAGAGUAGAAAGGUCGAGUGCAUGCCGGAUGCAUUUCAAAAUUUUAUACCUUGCGAAAGUGCUUUCGUCUGAUGAAGCUCACUUCCAUUUGUUUUUUUUUUGUGCAACGGAAACAACGUUUGUGAGUGUGAUAAUAUUUUAACAAUGG